AAUGUCAACCCGCUCUGACAUUUGUGUGACGUCCGUUUUCAGAUGUAAAAAUUCUAUGUUUAUUUGAAAAUAGUUUCAAAAUUAUCGCGAAUCAACACCUUCUGAUAUAAAUGCAGUAGUAUGAGAGAGGUCCCAGACCCAGUGGUACUAUAAACAUUGGGGACUCGACCACGACAUCACCAUGCAUGACACGAUAAUCCGGCUGGCCGAUGUAUGGAAGACGUGCAACAAGAUCCGCGCGGCUGCCUUCCGCGUCGGCCUCAACCUCUGGGACUGGUACCGCCCCCUGGACCCUGAGGGCAACUCCCUCAUAUCAGAGUCGAAGUUUGUAUCGAUAUUGGCCGGCCCGCUGCGGUCCGUGGUGGGCCUGUCCGACUCGGAGAUCGCUCAGCUGGCGGACUACUUCCGCGCACAGGAUGGCCGCGUGCUGUACCACCAGCUCUGCCAGAUCAUACACGGGGAAGACGCGGGGGGUCGCGACAAGACAUCUGCCGACUGCAUCCUGGAGGCGUGUCCGCCGCCGCCCGAGCCGGCCUGCCACACGCUGGACCAGUGGCAGACCCGGCGGCUGUGCUGCCUGCUCGCCACCAUCGCCGACAGGGACCUGCCACUCAAGCCGUACUUCCAGGACUACGAACUGGUCGCCAAGAACGACGGGAGGAUAACGUUCGCCCACUUCGCGCGGAUCCUGAACUACAUCGGUGUGGUGGUGACGGCGGACGACUUCAACCUGCUCGUGCGCAAGUUCAUCAAGGACUCGUACACCAUCGACUACGUGGAGUUCCUCCGAGCUGUGGAUGCCGUCAAGAAGCAAGGCGUGCAGGGACUGGGGCCGGAGUAUCAGAACCCCAGUGCAAUAAUUGACACCACGCUGCCGAAGUUGGUGCGGCCGGAGGUGGAGGCGGGGCUGUCCACGGCGCCGCUCGGCUUCCAGGAGACCUUCCACCCGGCGCUGACGCAGCCGCACCCGCCGCGGCAGCUCGUCGACAUCAUGCUCAGGGUCCAGGAGUUUGUGCUGCAGAGACGCGUUAGAGUUUCAGAGUUCUUAAGGGACUACGACCCCCUGAACAGCGGGCGCAUCGCCCCGCAGCAGUUCCGGCGCGCGCUGGACGCCAUGGGGCUGGGCAGCGUGCUGUCGCAGCAGGAGAUGCUGUGCAUCAUGCGCCACUACCUCGACCCCAACGACAGCCAGCACGUCUGCUGGAGGACGUUCGAGGACGACUGCGACCAAGUGUUCACAAUAAAGGAGCUGGAGAAGCACCCCGGCGCGGUGGCGGGGGCGGCGCGCGAGGCCGUGCUGGAGCUGCCGCCGCGCGGCGCGGCCGCCGACCGCGGCGAGGGCGAGACCGACGCCGACCUGGACGCCGCGCAGGCCGCCCUGCUGCGCGUGCGCGCCGCCUGCACCGAGCGCGCCAUCGACCUGCGCCCCGCGUUCUGCGAGCACGACGAGCACAACAACGGGCACGUGUCGCGCGCGCAGGUGCGGCGCGUGCUGGCGCGCCUGGGCGUGCUGCCGUCCGCGCAGCAGGUGCGGGCGCUCGAGGCGCGCUACCUCGACGACUGCGGCUUCAGCUACGUGCGGCUACUUGACGAGAUGGAGGAGCGGCCGGUAGAGAGCGCCACCAUCGCGGGCCCGGGCCCGGCGCCCCGCGGCGCGCGCGCCUCCACCGUGGACCCGCUGCAGACCGACAUCGUGCAGAUACUCGCCAAGAUUAAGGGCAAGAUGGUACGGGAGGGAGUGCGACCGAGAGAGUUCCUCAAGCAGUUCGACCCUCGCAACGAGCUCGUGAUCCCGCGCGCCGACUUCUACCGCGGGCUGGCGUCCGCCGGCCUCUCCCUCACUCCGCUGGAGAUGGACACGCUCAUGGAGGUGUUCUGCGCGCCCGCGCGGCGUCGCUACGUGGAGUACGAGCAGUUCUGCAGCACGGUGGGCGAGGCGCUGACGCAGCCGGGGCUGGAGCGCGCGCCCCUGCUGGAGCCCGUGCCGCACGUGCCCACGCUCGACUCGCCGCUCAACUUCCUCAACUUCGAGGAGCGGAACAUUGUGUCUGGCGCACUCAAGAAGCUCUCCAAGUUCCCCGACCAGCUCUCCAACAUUCUCGAAGUGUUUGAGGACAUGGACAAGGAGCGCUGCGGCACCAUCCCGCGCGUGUCGGUGGAGCGCGCGCUGUGCCAGCGCAACCUGCUGGCGCUGGUGUCGGCGCGCGAGCGGGACCUGCUCUACAAGUGCUUCGGCUACCGGCGCGGCUGCGGGGACGAGGUGAACUACCGCGCACUGUGCAACGCGCUGUCCAUACUGUACGCCACGGCGAGCGCGCAGCCGUGCUGAGCUGUCGGCCCGGACCACACCACUCCAGUCCCACUACGUCUGUAUUAUACCAUGUUUGUGAUCACUCCAAUCCCUUUAGUCUAUACUCUAUGUAGAUGUCCCUGUGGGUCUCGUAUGUAAUGAAAUAAAUGAAAAACAAACUUUAAUGAAACUGACUUUUAUUUAACUAUAAUAUAAUAUAUGUUUAUUACAAUCAUUAUUCUUAUUUUACUAAUCCAAUAAAGUCAAAAUAAUUGUAAUUUAAUUUGAUAAUAAGUAGAUAGACAUUUUACACAAUGAUGUAUAAGACAAUAAUAUGAAACAAUGCAAGAACCAAGAAGUUGUCACGCCGUGCCUACAUUAAUAGUUAAAACUUAUUGGCAUAAUUUUAGCAAUGAAAAAUUGAUAUUUAAUCCGGCGUAUACGUUAGAGUGGCCUCUUCGGAUGGUUCAUUUUCAUUGGCUUGUAGUGGGUGUGUAAGUUGCAGAGGGUCUGCUUGUAGUGGGUGUGUAAGUUGCAGAGGGUGUGCUAGUUGCAGAGGGUGUACUAG